AUGCCUCACCCUCGCCUCAGUUGCCAUCAAGAUCCUUCCUCCCUCGCUCUCCUCGAAGACGCUAACAGUCGUAUCCCCCCCACACGCCGUCCCCAACAUGAUCAAGACGCCCCAAGCGCCGCCAUGACAACAGACCGUGAGAACGACACCCGCGUCCUUGCCAAAACAAACGCCUCUUUGUCUAUCCCAUCCAAGGAAGGGUCUAUCCUAUCGACAAACUACGCCCAUCUCCCUCCAUCUUCUGUGUUCUCUCGGCCCCUUCGUGCCCUCCUCGAAAUCCCCAUUCUCAACCUUCCUUCCGAGCAAACGAACCGCUCAUGA